AUGCAAAGAGCCCUGCGUUUGACGGAGUUGAAUCAAACAAAGACUUUGAAUAGCUGCUGCUCAGUUAAAUCUCGAUUUCUUUGCAACGGCAAUUCACCCACCAGCAGAUUCAGUUCAAGCCUGAAUAACUGCGACAUCAAUCUCUCUCCCAAGUCUUUCGAUUCUUCUUCAUGUUACACCGACUGUGGACCACAAAAAUUUUGCAUUUAUUGUAGUCCUUGUAGUUUUGUUAAUUCAUGUGAUUGUUGUUAUCCGUGUGUUCCGUUGGCUCCCUAUUGCCACUAUCCUCCGUGUAGCUUAUGCAGUCCGUGUGGUUUUUGUAAUCCAUGCAGCUUCCCUGAUCCUUGCAAUUUUUACUAUCCGUGUUGUGUGCCCUGUUACUGCCCGCCGUGUAAUCAUCCCUGCUACCCAGAAUCAUGCAGUCCUUGUGGUUCCGGUGACUUUUGUGAGUCGCCUUCCAUGGACAACUCCAACAAUUUCAAGUGCGAUUUCACAGAUCAACAAACAUACUCAUCCAACGACUUUGUAAUUUGUGACUUUGACAAAGUUGUUUCAGCCCUUCUCGGUAGCAGUCGGUGUCCUGAGAAUCCCAAUUGUUGCAGUUCCUGUCUUCAGAAUCCCAAUUAUUGCAACUCCUGUCCUGAGAAUCCCAAUUAUUGCAGCUCCAACAACUCCCGCUGCCUGCCUCCACGAGUUCUGGCACCUGGUGAAGUCUUUUUGAACCCGACGUACGACAUUGUACUGAAGAACGGAGUACCAUUUCGACAGUACCCCAUGAGCUCAGGAACACGAUGUUGUGAUGAGGAAUUUUGUAGCAACACCAGAGAAUAUUUUUAUCGAUAUCCAAUUGAUCCGAGAUUUUUUUCAAACAGACUCAAGAGAGACGAACUGGACGAGAAGAAAGACAGGGACCUGGAGAAGGAAAAGAAAAAAUUAGACCAAGAAUACGGCGAGAACGAAGAGAAGGGAACUAAAAACAAGAAAGGCAAGAAAGGCAAGAAGAAAUGA